GUCAACGGCAUCAUCCUCCUCCUCACUUCCAACGCUUGCUUCUCCCCAUCUCCCCCCGAAGGUUCCACCAUGUUCAGAAACAACUACGACAACGAUGCGGUCACCUUCUCCCCGCAAGGCCGGAUAUUCCAAGUCGAGUAUGCACAAGAAGCCGUGAAGCAAGGAUCCGUCGUGGUGGGACUGGUCAACAAGACACAUGCCGUGCUGGUCGGCUUAAAGCGUAACGCCGAAGAACUCUCCUCAUACCAGAAGAAGAUCAUCGAAGUGGACUCCCACAUGGGGAUCGCCAUCGCGGGCCUGGCGUCAGACGCGCGGGUUCUCUCCAACUUCAUGAAGCAGCAGUCACUCAGCUCGCGGAUGACCUACGGACGGCCCCUUCCGGUCGACCGCAUCGUCAGCCAGAUCGGCGACCGGGCCCAAACGAACACCCAACAUUACGGCAAGCGGCCGUACGGCGUCGGGCUGCUCGUGGCCGGCGUCGACGAGGCCGGUCCCCACCUCUUCGAGUUCCAACCCUCCGGCAUGACCCACGAGAUGCUGGCCUGCGCUAUCGGCGCCCGCUCCCAGAUGGCCCGCACCUACCUCGAGCGCAAUCUCGAUAAGCUUCAGGAUACGACCCGCGAUGAGCUCAUCACUCACGGUCUGCAGGCGCUGAAGGAGACCCUGUCUCAGGAUAAGGAGCUGACGGUUGACAAUACGUCGGUUGGUGUGGUGGGUUUGGCGGCUGAGGGCGCGAAGGGCCGUAUUGAGAGCUUCAAGCUAUAUGAGGGUCAGCUGCUCGUACCGCUGCUGGAGGCGCUGGAGCGGUCGGAGGAGGGCGAGACGAAAGAGGAGUCGAUGGAGGUCGACUCAUAGACUAUUAGUUUCCCAUGCUGAAGAAUAGUAGUUCUUCUGUUCUGGUUGUUAUAGUUCACGAUUCGGAUAAUACAUGACUUUUGACCGGGAUAUGUAUAUGU